CAUCCCCCGACUCCCCUGUCUCCCUCUGCUUCCCACUGUUAAACCCGACCGUCUUCUGCUUCUGCCCUCCUCUGAUCGCUUUCCUCCCUGUCGGCAAUCCCUUGAUCUGUAACGCAACUCUUCGACCUCUCCAGCCGCUGUGGUAUUGCCCGGCUGAGUGCAAAAAGCCUUGGUUGUAAAGGUGCUGAAAUGGAAGACCCACAAGGUACAGAGAGUGUCUUGGCAGAUAAAUUGCCUGAAAAUGUUCCAGAAAAGAAAGAGGAGACUCGGGAUGAUAUGCUUUCGAGGCACAGAAAGGAGAUACAGCAGCUGCAGAACAAGGAAAUUGAGCUGAAGAAGGCUGCUGCAAAAGGUAGCAAAGCUGAACAGAAAGCAAAGAAGAAGCAGGUGGAAGAAGAGGUUUCCAAACUCUCUACUGAGCUCAAAGAGCAACAUGCAAAGGAACUCGCAGAGUUGGGAUAUGCUGAUAGCAAUGGAGCAGCAAAGGGCAAUCUCGACAAUCUUGUGAAGGCCAUAGCAGGAGUCUCUGUCUCCGCCCAGCCUGACAGCUCGAAGCCCAGCAAGAGCGUCAAGAGGCGCGAGAAGAGAGCCCAGCAGGAGGCUGCAAGAGAGCAGAGGAUACAGGAGGAGCAACAGAGCAUAGUGAAUGAUCGGGUAAUCGAGAACGAGAAGUUGGAGAAGAAGCUGGGACUGCUGGGCCUGACCGUGAAUGAGAUAAAGCCUGACGGCCACUGCCUCUACCGGGCUGUCGAGGACCAGCUGGCCCGACUCUCCGGUGGGCCUCCUCUCUACACAUACCUAGAGCUCCGGGAACUGGUGUCUUCCUACAUGAGGGAACACGCCACCGAUUUCAUCCCAUUCUUCCUGUCAGAGACUGACAUAGAAGGAGACUCCGUAACAGACAGGUUUGAAACUUACUGCAAGGAAGUGGAAUCAACUGCCGCUUGGGGAGGACAGCUCGAGCUCCAGGCGAUGAGCCACUUCCUCAAGAGGCAUAUCAUGAUCUACUCGGGUUCAUUUCCUGACGUAGAGAUGGGCAAGGAGUACAAGAAGUCCAAUGAUGAGAUGCACCCAUUGGAUUCGAGCAUCAAGUUGUCUUACCACAAGCAUGCAUAUGGACUCGGGGAACAUUACAAUUCAGUCAUCCCGACUUGAAGAGAUCAGUGUGUCUUCAAGUCCUUUUUGACAGAGCUACGGGAAAUUGCCCAAAGUCCUUCGACAUCCCGAGUUUACGAUAGAUUACAGAAAGACUGGUAUGGUCCCAUAAAGACACAGCCACAUUUUGGGAUUAAAUUGAGAUUCCACAAACUAUACGGAUAUGAUGGAGAGAUGAUGUAUUCCAAGUUUUGUUGAUAUUUUCCCCUUCCCGUCUAUGGGGAAAUUUAGCUGAUUAUAUUGGAACGUAUGAACACUCGAAAUUGGUUGAUUUUCUCCAAACUAAAUAAGGAUUUAAGGUGUAACUGGAUUUUUGGUGGGAGAAAAAUUUCUUUCA